GCGCAGGAUGCGCGGGAGCCAAUGGGCACGCUCGGGGGAGCCUGGCUGGCUGCGGCGGCCGGCGGGGCGCGCACUCUCGGGAUGGAGGGCGAGUGCCGGGCACCUCAGGCGCGCUCCUCGGGCCUCCCGGCUGGGGGCGGCGGCGGGGAGAUCCCGGGGGGCGACGACCCCCUCCCCGGCAGCAGCGGCUCCUCCGCCCUCCUGCAGGCCGAGGUGCUGGAUCUGGACGAAGACGAGGACGACCUGGAGGUGUUCAGUAAGGAUGCCUCAUUGAUGGACAUGAAUUCCUUCAGCCCUGUGAUGCCAACAUCCCCUUUAUCAAUGAUAAACCAAGUCAAGUUUGAAGAUGAGCCAGAUUUGAAAGAUCUUUUCAUUACAGUUGAUGAACCUGAAAGCCAUGUUACUACAAUUGAAACAUUCAUUACUUAUAGGAUUAUUACUAAGGUGAGGGCGCAUUAUCUAAGCUAUUUUUGUAUCUGGCUUGGGAUUCAGACGUCUCGUGGGGAAUUUGACUCCAGUGAAUUUGAAGUUAGGAGACGUUAUCAAGAUUUCCUUUGGUUGAAAGAAAGACUUGAAGAAGCACACCCCACUCUGAUUAUUCCACCAUUGCCAGAAAAGUUUAUAGUGAAAGGAAUGGUGGAACGCUUUAACGAUGACUUCAUUGAGACACGCAGGAAGGCAUUGCAUAAAUUUUUGAACCGAAUUGCUGAUCAUCCAACUCUAACAUUUAAUGAAGACUUUAAAGUUUUUCUUACUGCACAAGCUUGGGAACUCUCUUCUCACAAGAAGCAAGGGCCUGGAUUACUCAGCAGGAUGGGGCAGACGGUCAGAGCGGUUGCAUUAUCAAUGAGAGGACUUAAAAGCCGCCCCGAGGAGUUCAUGGAAAUGAAUAACUUUAUUGAAAUAUUUAGCCAGAAAAUAAAUUUGAUAGAUAAAAUAUCUCAGAGAAUUUACAAGGAAGAAAGGGAAUAUUUUGAUGAAAUGAAAGAAUAUGGCCCAAUUCAUAUUCUGUGGUCAGCAUCAGAAGAAGAUCUGGCUGAUACUCUAAAAGGUGUUGCCAGCUGCAUUGACAGAUGCUGUAAGGCCACUGAAAAACGGAUGUCUGGACUCUCAGAGGCCCUGCUUCCUGUCGUACAUGAGUAUGUGCUUUAUAGUGAAAUGUUAAUGGGUGUCAUGAAAAGAAGAGAUCAAAUACAGGCAGAACUGGAUUCCAAAGUUGAAGCUUUGACCUCUAAAAAGGCAGAUACUGAUCUGCUUACGGAAGAGAUUGGAAAACUGGAAGAUAAAGUGGAGUGCGCUAAUAAUGCCUUGAAAGCAGAUUGGGAAAGAUGGAAACAAAACAUGCAAAAUGAUAUCAAGUCAGCAUUUACAGAUAUGGCUGAGGAGAAUAUCCACUCUUAUGAACAGGUUCUAGGAUGAAAGUUAACAGACACACAUGGUCCAACCCCCCUAUUUUAUGAAUGGGCGAAUAGGCCCAGAGAAAUGAAAAGAUUUGCCUGAAGUCAGACUGUGGAACAGAACCUCUUCAUAUCCCACCAUCUUGAGAAAAUAUUGAUUCUUAAAUGUGGAAGUUUUCAUUGGAAGCUAUAUCUACAGAAACCCAUUUUUGUUAUCAUUCAUUCUUUAGAACACUUGAUCAUAUCUGCUUGUGUGAUCACUACCUACUUACGAGAACUAAAGAGACAUUUACCUUAUCUAAUGGCAAAAUGUCAUCACUACUUUACUGGGGUAGCAAGAGAUUUACUUUCAAGAAGAGUUUUGGAAUUAAAACUUAUUUUCUAUUCUGUCUGUGUAUUUGAGAAGUAUUUAAGAAUGUGUUUUGGGACAAAAGGGCUUUUGUUUACCUGUCAGACCUGUUUACCCUAGUUCUGGCUCACUUUUCUAAUGGUACAGCCUCUUUCCCAGUCCUGCCCUUUAUAGAGAAGCUACCGUUUUUGGUCUUCGUCUAAAAACUGGAGCCACCUGGAAAAAAGUGUGCACUGCAUUCUCAGUUAACGAGGAUUUGUGAUCAACUUGCUUUCUGGUCACCCAACAUCCUGCCAAUAAAUAUGUUCAACAUAUUUAUGGACUUACUUUUACUGCAGUGGAAACGUGGGGCACUAGAAAAGAGUGCUGGACUCAGUGGAUCACAGUUCCCUUAACUAUAAGAUGCAAUUACUUGAGUUUGUCAAAGUAUUGUUGUAUCAAAUAAGAUAAUGUGUAUGGAAAAUCAUGAUACAUUAUUCAACUAGAAGGGGAAUUGUUGUUGAUUCUCUUAUGACAAUAUGAGAAUCUAAAACUAGAAUGAGCUGAUGGAUAUGAUUGAAGGUCAGGCCACCCGUGACACUGGGUAUUUUUGAUUGUUACUCUAAUUUUGAUAUUAGUUUGCUUUACUAAUUAUAAUGAUUUAAAAGUGGGGAAAAAAUCAAUUUCUUGAUAGAAAACAGUGAGAAGCCAAAUAACAGAAAUAUAUUUUUUUCAAAUAAUUGUUUUAACAUCUUUUUCUUUUUUUUAAGUAAAUUUAUUCAUUUUAUUUAUUUAUUUUUGGCUGCAUUGGGUCUUCAUUGCUGCACAUGGGCUUUCUCUAGUUGCAGUGAGCCGGGGCUACUCUUUGUUGCAGUGUGUGGGCUUCUCAUUGCGGUGGCUUCUCUUGUUGCAGAGCACGGGCUCUAGGCACACGGGCUUCAGUAGCUGUGGCAAGUGGGCUCAGUAGCUAUGGCUCGCAGGCUCUAGAGCGCAGGCUCAGCAGUUGUGGCAUACAGACUUAGUUGCUCCAUGGCACGAGGGAUCUUCCCAGACCAGGGAUUGAACCCAGGUCCCCUGCAUUGGCAGGCAGAUUCUUAACCACUGCACCACCAGGGAAAUACAUUUUUAAAAAAUAUAGUUUACGGGCUUCCCUGGUGGCACAGUGGUUGAGAGUCUGCCUGCCGAUGCAGGGGACAUGGGUUUGUGCCCCAGUCCGGGAAGAUCCCACAUGCCGCGGAGCGGCUGGGCCUGUGAGCCAUGGCCGCUGAGCCUGUGCGUCUGGAGCCUGUGCUUCACAACGGGAGAGGGCACAGCAGUGAGAGGCCCGCGUUCUGCAAAAAAAUAAAAAAAUAUAUAUAUAUAAUUUACAAUUAUAAGGAAGUUUCACACUAGAUUUUGAGAUUUUUUUGUUGUUGUCAUUUUGAUGAUUCUUUAUGUCCUCCAAUUAUCACAGUCCUGGAUGCAGUGAAUACUGAACUGAACUAUUUAUGUGGUAUAAAUAAUCCAUUUCUUGAGUUUUUACUUAGUUUUUCAUACUCAGAAAUCCAAGAAAAACAAGAAAGACUAAAAAGAUUUAAGGAGUUGUAGAGAUUAUCAUUCAUUAUUUUAAAAUAGAUUUAUGUACAUUAACUGGGUAAAUGAGCAACAUAUCAGGUAAUAGGUUAAUAUUAAACAUUGGCAGGAGGAGGCAGUCAACAUAUUUAGUUAGUAAAAAAAAUCUGCUAUCAAAAUUCCAAAAGAAGAUUGGUAGCUUCAGGAGCUACACAGUUCAGAGCAUGUCCUCAGCUUUGUAGAUCCAGAAAUCUGACGGUCAGCAACAUGAGUGGGGAAUCAGGCUUUUAUAGCAAAACCUAACAUUAACAAAUUUAGGGAUCAAUAGAAGCCAGGAUGUCAGUUGAUGAAUAUUCAGAUUGAAAAAUGCAGUGUUUAUGAUGAGCAGCAUAUUUGCAUCAGUAGUAAAGUACAUUUCUUCUCUAUGGUCUUUGCAUUUACUGAGCACUUACUAUAUUCCUGGCAUGUAUUAACUCAGUCAUCUUCAAAGGGUAUACAUACUCCUGAAAAUACAUAAAAAUUUCCAAGAGGUAUGUAAGGAAUCAAUUUCUACACACUCAACCUGCAUAUAUACUCUUUCCUAAAAGUUGAUCCCCUUGGGACUUCCCUGGUGGCACAGUGAAUAAGAAUCUGCCUGCCAGUGCAGGGGACACGGGUUCAAUCCCUGAUCUGGGAAGAUCCUACAUUCAGCGGAGCAACUAAGCCCGUGUGCUACAACCAGUGUGCUCGCACGCCACAACUACUGAAGCCCAUGCACCUAGAGCCCGUGCCUUGCAACAAGAGAAGCCACCGCAAUGAGAAGCCCGCACACCUCAACAAAGAGUAGCCCCUGCUCGCCACAACUAGAGAAAGCCCGCGCGCAGCACCAAAGACCCAAUGCAACCAAAAUAAACAAAUUUAUUUUAAAAGAAAAGUUGAUCCCCCUGCAAUUAUGCUUUUUUUUUUACUCACCUGCCCUCCAAAAUGGUCCUUCUUCCACUAUGUAAAAGAAAGGUGUCUCA